ACUCCCAUAAUGCCUUGUCGGGUCGGAGCUGAAGCAGGAGCGACCACGUGGUACGCUUGCCGCAUUUGUAAACACGGCAUGUUUAUAGCUACAGUAUUCAGUGUAGCGGUGUUUUAAAGAGAAUUUGGUUGGUUUUAGUCGGUAUUUAUUAGUUUAAGUAGGAGGAUGGAGGUGGAAACAGCAGUGCCGUAUUUCUUCGGUGAUAUCGGUUUCUGGUCGGAGAGGACAGAAGUACAUAAGGCUGCUUAUCAUGGACAGGUGAGCCAGCUGCAGAGUCUAAUCCAGAGCGGAGCUUCAGUCAAUAUUGUAGCUGUAGACUCCAUCACUCCACUCCACGAGGCCGCUGUUCGGGGACAGACGCAGUGUGUGAGGCUGCUGCUGGAUGCUGGAGCACAGGUGGACGCGAGGAACGUGGACGGCAGCACUCCUCUGUGUGAGGCGUGUUCUGUCGGUAACUUCGAGUGUGUGCAGCUGCUGCUGGACUACGGUGCAAAGGUCAACCCUGCCCUCACUUCUCGCACCACCUCGCCACUACACGAGGCCUGCAUGGGCGGCAGUUCUGAGUGUGUAAAGCUAAUGAUAUCUAAAGGAGCCAGUCUAGAAGCCUAUGAUCUGUACAAUGGGACUCCACUACAUGUAGCCUGCGCUCACAAACACCUGGAGUGUGUGAAGGUGUUACUCAACGCAGGAGCUAAAGUAAACGCAGCCCGUCUGCACGAGACAGCACUGCACCACGCAGCCAAAGCCAACAGCUUGGAAAUGAUCAACCUGCUGGUGGAAUUCGGCGCAAACGUGUACGUCAGAGACAAGCACGAGAAAAAGCCGGGUGACUACACCAGACCUGACACGCCGUCUGCUCACUGUCUGCAGCUUUAUGAGAGUACUCCUCUUUCUCUGCAGCAGUUGAGCCGAAUUGGACUGAGGACAGUACUGGGCACCAGAGCACUGCAGACUGUGACCAAACUAAACCUGCCAAAUCGUAUCAUUCACUACCUGUGCUACCAAGGCCUCGCCGGUCCAGAGCACGGCUGAAAACAAGCAGAAGAAUGCUGUUGUUCCAGAGACGCUAACCCUCUUCUGGAACCUCACACACAGACCGGACGGCAGCUAUGGGUGGAAUGCUCCGUUUUUCUUUUUUCUUCAUCACUUUGCUCCUCGGGCAGAACCUUUAAAGGACUACAGAUUUUUUUCUGCACCAGUCUUAAUUGUAUGAGCCAGACAGCAAAAAUAGCACAGUGUUCUUACAGAGGUGCCCGCUGUGCUUUUAGUGCAAGAACAUACAGCUCUGGAAAAAAAUAAGAGACCACUUAAAAAUGAUGAGUUUCUUUUAUUUUACCAAAUUAAAAACCUUUGGAAUAUAAUCAAGAGGAAGAUGGAUGAUCACAAGCCAUCAAACCAAGCUGAACUGCUUGAAUGUUUGCACCAGGAGUGUAGGCAUAAAGUUAUCCAAAAGCAGUGUGUAAGACUGGUGGAGGAGAACAUGGCAAGAUGCAUGAAAACUAUGAUUAAA